AUGGCGUCGAUUCUAUUUACUCUCACAUUAAACCUCAUAACACCAGAUUUCGGAAAGUUCAGAGAAACACGGAAAAUGAUCAACAACGAGGAUAUACCGCUAGUGACAAGAAAAGGAGUUUACCCGUACGAAUAUACGGAUAGCUGGGGAAAAUUGGAAGAAAACACAUUACCGAGAAAAGAAGAGUUUUAUAGCACGCUGACGGAGACAAACAUUGGUGACACAGAUUACGAGCACGCAAAGACAGUAUGGACGCAUUUUGAUUGUAGGAUGUUGGGAGAAUACAGUGACUUAUACUUGAAAAUUGACGUCAUGCUGUUGGUGGACGUGUUCAAAAAUUGUGUACAUAAAUAA